GUCAUAAAUGUCAUGGAAGAACAGAAAAAAGGAAUAGACGUUGAUUUUAAAUUUACCGAGAGGAAGAAUAUGAAAUCUGGUAAACCUCAGCAACAGAUUUAUAAACCAGGUAGUGGAAAAUUGAGACGUUCAAAUCAAGGCGCAGAAGAUAUAAUUUCUGAAUCUUCAAGCCCAAGAAACAUAUCUGGGAUAUCCACUUCCCUAAAUAAUUUAAAGAGUAAAUCUUAUACAAGUACCGAUUUCACACCAACUAAUGAUCAACAUAAGCGUAAUAAAAAGCCAGAUAGAGAACUUUAUGUGCCUAAACCAAUUCAAGCAAGGGAGCAACUUAGUCCUCAAAGUUAUGAUCAAAAUAUUAAUAUUCAAAACGGUAGUGAUAAGAAUUUAAAUAGUGAUUUAAGAAUGUCAAAAAGGUAUUCUAGCAGCAGAAGUGGCCAUCAAGGAAAUAGUGAUAGGAAACCUGAUCAACAAAAUGAGUGGAGAGAUAAAUCUCCUGUUUCAAAUAAAAAUUUAAGGUUGGGUUCAGAACCUAGAGGUUUUCAUAGUGGAUCUAACUGGCCCAGGGAAAGAGACAGGCAUAAAGAAAGAGACACGAGAAGCGUGGAACCUACUGGUUUAGGAAAUCAUAAUCAAAACAAUGAAAAAAUACAAUCAAAACCUCCAAGCGGCAGAAGACAUAGUGUUAUAGGGAAUUUGGAGCAAGAAAAGAAAAGACUUAAUUUAAUAAAGCAGUUUGAAAAUGUAGGUCCUAGAUUGAGAAAAAAGUUUUUACAACAAAAUGGAUUAACACCAGAAGAUGUAGGUUGGGACGGAUUAACAUCUGUUUAUCAGCAAAGUACAUCCUCUCAACCACUUACAAGUAACUACCAUUCUCUAGAUGCUUACAGUACUUUACCACGCUAUCCAGCUACAACCUAUAAUUCAAAUGUUGGUUAUCAUACUUUACCCAGUCAACCACGUGGUAGAGGUCGGUUACAACAAGAAUAUGAAUUUCAGCCUGGACCAGUUUUUAGGUCUAUCACACCUGAAAAAGGAGGCUUUUGUAGAAGUCCUGUGAGUUCUCGACCAGGUACUCCGCCCAGAAGAUUUGAUAGGCCACCGAGUAGAUCUCAAACACCUACUACAAAUUACUAUGAUGAGACAAGAUCUAACCAUGAUUCUAGCAUGGAUAGGGGCAGAUCUAAUGUUUUUGAUAGGUUGGGGGACAGAGCCAGAGAGCAUCAGCAAUUUGAAAGAGAUAGCUAUAGAAAAAAAGAUGAUAAGCCACGAAGGGACGAUGAAAAUCGGAAUACAAGAAGGGACGACAAUAGAAAUAAGAGGAGCGAUUUUCGUGGAGAUGGUGACAGAGAUAGGUCAGAUAGAAAUAGGAGAGAAUAUCCUCGGAAAAAUGACAGAAUGCGACGUAGAGGAGGACGUGAUAGACGUAGUUCUAGUAGAGAUACUAUUAGGCAAGAGCAAAGGCCCGAUUACGACAAGAGAUACUUAUCAGAUCUUAAUCAAAAUGUUUCAGAAAGUGAGACUGCUCAAACUAUUUCUGAUCCUAAAGAACAUGAAGCAUAUACUGCAUAUCCCCCUUCUGAUAGCAAUGUGCCAGAACAGCAAAGCAGCGAUUACGCGACAGCACCUAAAAGUAAUGUCGGUUCAGGAUUAGACACUCAGUUAACGUCUUUAACAGCUGAUGUUGCCUCAGACAUUGAGGUUAAAAAAAUUGACAUAUUAGAUGACGAUAGAGUUAUUUUGGAUUGGAAUGAGGAAGUAGAUCUAUAUUGCAAAUUAGAGUCCGAAGCUCUUAGUGACGCGUUGACAAGAAGCUCAUCUGUAACAAGCUUACAAGAAAUAAGUACAAGAUCUAUGCCGGCAUCUACUAGUACAACACCAAAUACAAAAAAGAAGAGGAAAGGAGGCAGAAGAAGAAGGAGUCGUAGUACAUACAGAGAUAAAACGCCAAUCAACAAUAGAGGACGGAAAGAUUCUAUCGCUAGUAUAGAAAGCAGAGACAGAGACAACUUUAGAGUACCACAUAAUAUUCCAAGUAAUAAUGACAGAAGACGUCGUGGUUCAAGAGACCCUCGUGGUUCAAGGGAGGGAAGUUUUGACAGAUUUCAUAAUAAAUCCCGAGGAUCUAGUAGGGAUGUUAGUUUUGAUAGGAGCCAAUCUACCGGAACAUCAGAAAAUUGGAGGGAUGAAAUUAGAAGAAGCAGGCAAAAUUCUGAGAGAGAAGGUUCAGUUAUAAGCCGCAGGAUUAGCUCUGAUCGAAGUCGAACAAAUUCCGAACUUGAAGAUCACCCUAUCGAUAAUACUACUAAAAAAGCAGGCAUAUUAGUUUUACCCCCUAAAUCGCCCGAAUCGACACAAAUAUCUGCCUCAGAGAGACCGAAAUUUCCCGAAAUCAAGAAAACCCCGCCCCAGCAAAAAACUUUGUUUGAUCCAAACAAUCCUAAAAAACCGAUUUUGGUUAAAUCUCCUGGAAGUAGAGUGGCAGUUCCAGGAUUUUCCGAAUCAACUGGUUCAGCACCCCCACAAAUGUAUACAACUGAUCAGUUCGGCAAUUUAAGACCCAAUUGGUAUGAUGAAAGCAGUGAUGAAUUUAAUGCCUGUCAUUACCCAGAUUUGUUAAGAGAUAUUAAAAAGGCUGACACCGAACUUCAAUACAUCCUGAACAAUGGCUUACUAUUAGUCAAUUAUGAAACUGUUGACAAUUUGAGACAAUUUUUGAAAAGUGCUUUGGAAUUUCUGUUAUGCAAAGCUAUCAAGUUUUGUCAGACGGAAAAUAUGGAGCAUCAUGUAUGGAAACUUUUAUAUUACAAUAUAAUUGAAAUCACUAGGAAAGCGAUAACAAACGAUCCGGAAAAUAAACAGCAAUAUAAAGGCUUUUUAUUGUAUCUAAUUGAGGAAGGUACCAAGUAUUUUGAAAGACUGAUCACUCUUUUAGAAGACACAUAUAAAUUUAAAGUUUCAAAUUAUAUUGGUAAUAAUAGUAUGGUUCAACAUAAAGGUCUUGGUUUUGUUGGACUGGCACUUGUAUCAAUUCAGAAAUUAUUUUUAUUUUUGGGUGAUCUUGGGCGUUAUAAAGAACAAGUUAAUGAAACAUCUAAUUAUGGAAAGUGUAGACAGUGGUAUAUUAAAUCGCACGAAAUCAACCCUAAAAACGGAAAACCCUAUAAUCAACUGGCUGUUUUGGCUGUUUAUUCGAAACGAAAACUCGAUGCAGUUUAUUAUUAUAUGAGAAGCUUAAUGUCAUCAAACCCUGUACCAUCAGCAAGAGAAAGUUUAAUAUCUUUAUUUGAAGAGAGUAGGAAAAAGUUUGAACAAGGCGAAAAGAAACGUCGCGAAGAAAGGCUAGAACGCCAGAGGCAACAUAUGAAACAGAAAGAAUCUGAGGACAAUGGGACGCCGAAUUUCUUACGUAAGGAAACGUGGAUUCAUCCCGAGGGAGGACGACGCCUUCACAGAACGACUAAGGCGCUCCAGAACGAAUUACAAGACUCGGAGGAGGAAGAUCUAGCAGCUCUGAGCAGUGUAGAUGUUAAUAAACGGUUCGUGAUAAGCUAUCUUCACGUGCAUGGAAAGUUGAUAAAUAAAGUUGGCAUGGAGAGUUUUCAAGAUGCAGCUAUGCAGAUGUUAAAAGAGUUCAGAGUUCUUUUGCAGCACUCGCCGGUUCCAUUACCUUCCAAUAGAUUUUUACAGUUGUUGGCUCUGAAUAUGUUUGCCAUUGAGAGCACGCAGCUUAAGGAUAUUCAGCUACAGCAAGGCAAUACUGCAUACAGAUCGGAAUACCAAGAACGAGCUUUGAUAGUAUCGCUGCAAAUGUUCAAUUUGAUCUUGGAACGAUGCCUUUCGAUUUUACAAGAGCACGCCGAGAAUUUCCGUCAGCAGGAGAAAUCUGGAUCACCUCUAGACUCGUUGCCGCACGACGCUAACGUUUUGCUACCCGCUAUUAAAGUUUGGUGCGAUUGGAUGUUAUGCCAUACAUCUGUAUGGAAUCCACCGCCUAGUACGCAGGAUUUUAAAGUAGGAUCAUCAAAUGAUCUUUGGUCCAGAUUAGGCCUCCUCAUGAACAUUUUAGAAACUAUGGAUCAAGAUUCUACCGAAAUAUUUACAACUGAUCCGAAAGAAGGAUACGAUGCGGUACGACUUCCCGAAGAUGUUGUUCUGUUUGGUUUUACCCCGCUGAUGUUCAAAGAACGUGAAACUGCAUUCGCUCCUUCUGGAUUCGAUGUCGAAGCUGCGCAGCUGGGGUUGCGCAUUUCCAGGCUUUUGUUCUUCGGUACUAUAUAUCUGUGCGGUUUGGAACCUCCGGUAUUGAAGCUAGAAAUUGAAGAUGGUAGACGGGACUAUGUAUCGGUGGUUACAAGCGAAAGAGGAAGAGACUCGCCAAGAGACGAUGCUAUUUUGGCCAGAAAUGAUGAAGUUUUGUUAGAAACUUUCAGUGGUGACGAAGAGGAAUCAGAAAAUGAUCGGACUCAAACCACAGAUGUAAACGAUUUGAGAGAGACCUCAUCGGAAGUCAAAGACUUAAUCAACAGAAAACAAGAACUGGAGAAGAGGAAGAAGAGUCAAGAUCUUCAUCGGCAGAGAGUAAUGAAAAUCUUAAGCCAAUCAGUGGUCAGCGUCCAUCUAGAGAUUCGACCGAAAUAUCUUGUACCAGACACCAAUUGUUUCAUCGACCACAUGACGAGCAUACAGAAUAUCGCGAAAUCUCAUACAUACACUGUCAUGGUGCCUAUCGUGGUGCUCAGUGAGCUGGAAGGUUUAAGUAAAGGAACACCCUCAACCAAAGUACGAGGAUUGUCCGUUCCCAACGCGGAGCAUGCCCAAAAAGUUGCUCAAGCAUCCCGCCUAGCCUUAGAUUUUUUGAAAAAACGCCAUCCGUCUGUCAAAUGCGUCACUACUCGUGGAGCUGUGUUGGCUUCUACCACCUUUAGUACAGAAGAUGACGCUACGUGGGAUAGUACUAUUACGAACGACGAUAAAAUUUUAACUACUGCUUUAGUCCUUUGCAAGAAUCAUAUGAAUCAACCGGAAGUUGUGGAGGGUGAACCCCGACAUUUGGUAAGAGAUGUGGUCUUGUUAACUGAAGAUAGAAAUUUGCGCGUCAAAGCUUAUGCACGCGAUGUUGCUGUUCGCGCGUUGCCAGAUUUCAUGCGUUGGGCUGGCUUAGGAUGAACUAUGAAUUGAGAGUGCGCAGUGGGGCUUAAGCCUACUAGGAUAUUCUGGAAUAAAUGUAGCUCAAGUACAAAAGAUUCGACAAAUAAAAUGGAAUCAGAAAGAUACAUGAACCGAAUUUCACUCCGCUAAGCAAAAUCAAAAAACAAUUUUUAUUUUUAAGCCAAUUACCGUUACGCCUAAUCGGCCAAUCGACUAUAGUUUUUAGCGGUUGCCCAUAUAACUUUUUACAUUAAAUAUUUAGUUAUUAUAUAUGUUGGUUUAAGUAUUAAAUACGGUAAGAACAUAACUGUAGUUUAUGACUUUUUAGUUGAUUUUUUAUAGUGCAUAUUUAACACAACGAAACGUAAAGCUAGAAAAAUAUCCUUUAACUUACACUAGUUUUAGCUAUCGUUACGGUAGAGGUUUUUUGUAGUUAAAAUGAUUAGAUUAAAUAUUGUGUAAAUAAACUUUAAAAAUUAUUAAAAAUAUAGUUAGAAUUUUGACUGACGUUACUGUAUAAAGCAAAAGAUAGGAAAUUAUAAAUACGACUAACCAAAUAUAGAUUUAAGUAUGUUUUCUUUUUGAAACUAAAUAUCAUCAUUGACUGAUACUGAGACUUAAAUUUGAGGGAAUGUUCAAGUUAUUAAUAAUAAUAGUGUUUGUAAUUUGGAAAAAAAAAAAAAUUAGCGGAGUCAAGUUCAAUAUUCGCUUGCCAAAAUAAAGUUAUUUUUUAAGCUUUACGUUGCACAUAAGUUUGGUGCCAUUUCGCAUUAUUUUCUUUUUAUAUUGUAGCCUUUAUACAUUAUAUUUUAUAUUUUUUUUGUCAUUGAUUCCUAUUAUUUAUACAUUUUAACGAUGUAAUUUUAGUGUACAUUUAUUAUUUACUGUACUUAUUUUUAGCUAGUUACUUUUAAUCAUCUUUUUUUAUUUCCUUUUAUUCGUGAUAUCAAUUUGGACCUUUUUGUGUUGUUUUGUGGAUCAUUAGAUAACACCAAGUCGCAGGUUUACUUACAAGCAAAGCACCUUGAAUAUUUUAUGUAUUAUUUAAAAUUAAUUCGAAAUUCAAAUAUACAUCACAAAUUAUUUGAUUUAUUGUGAUAUAUGUGCAGUUUUUGAAUGUGAUUUAUUACAUUGGAAUUUUUAGUACUACUUUUAAACAUGAUUUUUUUAAUUUAUUGCAAGAUACAUUUAUUGUUUGAUAAUUUUAAUUGUUGUAAUAUAGAGAUCUAUUUAUAAUAUUAAAUCCAAUAUUUGCAAGAAGGAAUUGAAUUACAAUUAUCACCAGAAAUUAUGAAAUAACGGUAAUAAUGUGAAUACAUUAUUUGUUAAUAUUAAUA